GCAAAAGACGAGGGCGGUGCCUUGAAAGCUCCUUCCUCCUCCAAGUUGAAGAGUCCUCGAACAGCUUAGCGACUGUUGGAGAACAAAGAUGCUACAUCGAAGGGCAGUCGCAUGGUGCUGCAGUAGAAGCAAAGUCGGUGAGGACAAUAGGCUUAGAGCCAGAAAUUUCAAAGAGUAAGAAACUUCAAUCUAAAAGCAGGGCUCUGCGCUGUUAGAAGAAGGAAGUACUUAAGUGAGUAGAGGCUCUCUUUAGAGAAAGGCAGCCGUCGCCUAGAAGGAAAUAGAAAAUACGGAUAAAAUGAUAUGACUAGCCGCCGGUGACGGUGAGAGCAUCGAACUGGGGUAGUUGAUUUCUCAACGUGUCUUGCAGUGCCGACUAGGUGUCCGUGGAGUCCACCUAACUGGAGGGCGCUACUUUUUUCGAGUUAUUUCAAGUCUGCAGCUUCGCAGCCGCGUGCGGAACAGCCUCAUCGAUCGUCAACCAACUCAGGCUGCUUGAGAGAAGGGACGAUAUCAAAAGCACCAGAACAAAAUCUUCUGCAUCAUGUAGAGGGAGCCGCCGGUCAGGGGACUCGCGGAGGAUCUGCCGAUCCGGUGCUUGAGGCUUAGUGCACCCAUGGCGCGAGGAGGUUAAUAUACUCCACCUGCACCUGCUGCCAGUUUGCGAUUGCGAACUGGAUGACACUGAGGCCACUCUUUCAGCAGCCCCAGACUAGAAAAAAUAAAAAAAAAGAGGCAGGAGCCCACCUGAGUCUGAAUCUGAAAAGUGCUAAACGAAGAGCUCGGCAAAACCACUCUGAGCAGCUGCAUAAGGCAGAGCUCCUGUUCUGAAUUGUGGAAAUUUGGAGCCCGCCUCUGCUGGAGUAUAAUCUACUAUAUUUUGGAAUGUUGACUAUUGCAGGCCACGACGCUGUGAAACGUCAGUGGAUGACGACUUGCGUGUGAACGGAUUUGGUGAUUAUAUUGUCAACACAACUAUUGUCAACACAUC